AUGGAUAAUUCUGAUGAUAACAACUCAGAUGAGGGCGGUAACUUUGACUACGACGCUACUCCUUUUUAUACUGAUGAGUCGUUCAACUCAGUCGAAGAACUGACAGAAUGGGCGCAAGCAACAGCAAUGUCGCUAGGUUAUGUCCUAGUAAAGGGUAGAUCAAACACAAAUGCAGCGGAUGACGUUUCUAGAGUAUUACUCAUUUGCGAUCGUGGUGGUACAUACCGUAAGAGGAGUAAGGGCAUCAGAAAGAGUUUUUCAAAAAAAUGUAAUUGUCCAUUCAAAUUGCAAGGUUAUUAUUCGGAAUAUGGUUGGAGGGUAAAUGUGAUAGAUCAUACACAUAAUCAUGACAUAGAUGAUGUGUAUGGUCAUGCGUUUGCCAGACGUUUUUCUCCAGCGGAAGAAGAAUGGGUACGAAGGCAGUAUUACUUAAACUUGAAUGUGCAAGGUAUUUUUGAUGGAUUGAGAAAGGAAUUUCCAAACAACCUGUCUCUCAUCAAAGAUGUACACAACUUACUGGAAAAAAUAAGAAACGAAUAG